GUUUGGCAGUGACCUCAACGAGAUGGUCCCCGUGAAAAACCUUGGGGAGUUGAGGUGGUACUCCGCGUGCUUUUACCAGAGAGAUCUAGAGAGAGGCCUUUUGAGGAUCUCGCAGCAAAGGUUUGCAGAAGAGUUGGCUGCACAGUACGGCGUUGAGUGGGGGAAAAGUGUGCCCUUGCCUGUGAGCGUGAAGCUCACCGACUUGGACGAGAACGAAGCGUGUGCUGAUGUCCCGUUUCGUGAGUUGGUAGGAUCCGUGAUGUGGUUGGCCACUCAAACCAGGCCGGACAUCGCGAAUGCAGUACGAGCAGUAGCGCGGUAUUGCGCGUCUCCCAAGAUGGUGCACUGGAAGGCAGCACUUGGUAUUUUAGGGUACGUGCGUAGGACGAGUUGGAUGGGGAUUACAUUUGAGAGGGGAGUGGUCACUGGCAUGAGCAUGCAGGUGUUUGUGGAUGCCGACUAUGUACGCAAGGCAGCAGACCGUAGGUCGGUCUCAGGAGGACUAGUGAUGUGUGGGGGUGGGUGUGUGACUUGGUUUUCGAGGACGCAGAAGUGCGUCACGCUCUCCACAACGGAAGCAGAGUAUGUGGCAAUUGCCGACGUCUUGAAGGAAGUGCUUUUCUUGAGGCAGGUUUGGCGUUUUAUGUUGCCAGAUGCAGGUAUGCCGUGCAUUCCGGUCUUCGAGGAUAAUCAGGGAGCGAUUCAGGUUGCGCACAACCCGAUCACGAACUCAAACUCGAAGCACAUCGAUGAACGGCAUCACUUAAUCAGGAAACUGGUAGAGAGGAAGGAGAUUUCGAUUACGCAUGUGACGUCGGAGUUUCAGCAUGCAGAUUUCUUGACGAAGGCUAUCAGCAAGGAAUCUUUUGCGUUGCUUCAUGAUGAAUUUGCAGUGAAAGAAGUGUUUUGGGAUCAAAUCGUGUUUUGCCGUGGAGUGGAAGAGAGAGGAUAUGUACGGAUUUGAACAAGAGAUGGAGCGAGUCAAGUGGAGAUGGUAGUGUUGUGGAUAAUUAGUGUUUGGGAUUUUUCUUGGUGAUUUGGAAGAGUUGGUAUGCGAUUGAUUAUUUUCGGACGUAUUGUUUUGGUGUUGGGGAAUUUUGUCGUGGUUUUGAUUGUGUUUUGGGAUGAACUGGUAUGAGAAGGAUGACUUUGAUAUUUUGCCAGAGCAUGACGAUGCAUACGAGCAGGGGGGCUAUUCGAUAUACUCGUAGCAUAGCAUGGGGGUGGUAUAUUGCGUAUACAUAUGCGGUAUUUGCAGUGUCGAACUACGGAGGAACAAUAAUUUUUAUGUUUUCCUUGGGAGUGUGGUAGAUUGGUGGACAUUCAUGGAGUCUCCCUAGGCCCUGACCUGUUAUGCAUGCUUAUAUUUAUGCAUAACGGGGCCUUUCGUGCAUAAGCAAAAGCAUAAGUUGGAGCGCGCAUAUAUAUAUAGACUAUUUUAUGCAUAAAAGUGUGCAUAACAGGGGUUAUCGUGCAUAGCGGUGAUUAUGCACGAGUGAGAUGGGGGUAAGGGGUGGCUCAGACGCUCAGACAUUUCAUUGUAACCAAAACAACAGAGCUUUUUUAUCCCCUUCAAAGCCUCUUGGUCUUUUAACUCUUCACUUUCAAGUCCACAGAUCAGACAACAAAUUG